AUGGCAAGAAUCAAAGGACGGCAAAAUGCAAAAAAGACAAGGAGUAGGGUUGUCAAAAAACCUUGUGAUGCAUUGACUUCGCAAUUCGUAUCCGGAUAUACUUAUGAAGAUGAAGAUAUGACAGACGUUGAAGUAGAAAAGGUUCCAAAAGAUAUAAAAGACAUAAAAACUAUAAAAGAAGACUGAAUUGUAGUGAGUGAUACAGAAAAAUUACCCUUCGUAGAGCAUAAUCCUCUCUUCAUGGAUUAUAGCCAAGAUUGUACACCUCUAAAAACUACGGAAGUAGAGCCUAAGGCUGAAGAAUCCAAGAAAUGAGAACCAAAGCAGGAAGAUAUUAAAGUGGACAAAGAUGAUGAUGUAUCUGAAGGAGCGGAAGAGUCCCUUAAAAAGGUCAUAAACUUUACUUCCUCACAGACUUGCUGAGUUUGCCUGAACGCCGAUCAAACUUUCGAUGACUUGUUGAUUAAAUGCUCUCGCUGAUGCAUUGUUUUCCACCAAGAAUGACAUCCCUCAUACAAUGAAAAGAAGAUGAUGUGUGAAAAAUGUGAAUACAUAACUGAGAAUAAAGUCAAGGCAAGAGAUAUUAAGUGAAAAUUAUGUCCGAGAAAAGAAGGAUGCAUGACCAGAUUCAAUGAUAAAGAGUGGGUCCACCCAACUUGAGUAAAUUGGAUCCCUGAAAUCUGGUUUAAUGAUGAAAAUGAUAAGAUAGAGAAUUUGUCCCAGUUAGACUUUGAGAAUGACCUCAAAUCAUGUUCAAUCUGUAGACGCAAGGAGAAGAUUACCAUACAGUGUGAUUAUGACAACUGCCAGAAAUGGUUCCAUGUCUCAUGUGCAAUUAAGAAUAAGUUGAUAUUUGAUCAUAAGAAGAUGGAAGAAGAAUUUCAGAAAUUACACGAGCAGUGACCUACUAAGUACUUCCCACAAAGAAGCCUGCUCCAAAACCCAAAAUUGCCAAAAUCCCAGUCAGGCACAGACUUACGUACAAAGAGGCCCUCCUGUCUUCUUUAACAGUGCCUUGUUCUUCCUGCCUCACCUUGCAGAGCAAGGUGAGGAAGUUACAGCAAGGAAU